UGUGAUUGGCGGAGACGUUUUUAGCGCGGCGUGCCGUAGCCAAUCAGCGGAUUGUUUUUCCUGUCACGUCGGUGCACGGAUAGUAAAGCUAACGGAUAAUGCAAACAUACAAACUAACAUAAAAACAACGUCGGCUCGUCGCUGAAGGGCCACGCGGCGCGGUGAAGGUUUGACUGUUGUUGUUAUUUUGUUAUUUAUCAGCGAGGAUGUGGCGCGAGCCGUCGCCGCGAGGACACGCGAGCUAACUGACGUUAGCACGAGCGCGCUAGUUUUUAACCGUUGCUCGCUCGCGAAGGCCGCGGCUAGCUAUGCUAACGGAGCCGCUUCCUGUUUCGGCUUCAUUGAGGAUGUAGUUUAACGUUACCGGGCAAAGUUACACAAUCACAGCGGCUGUACCGAGGAGCGUGUUCAGUGUGAGUGUGACCGGCGGGUUUUUAAAAGAAACGUGCUCCCCGUUUGAGUUACCGCGUCGUGGGGGCUACUUAGCUGCGUGGCUAAGCAUGAGUGAGGUGACGGACUGCAAACAGUCCGCUGACUCCGCGUCGAGGAAGCGGUGUCCGUCCCCGGACCACCACCGCCACGAUGAUGGAGAAGGCAGCACGAUCCCCUGCAAGUCCACAAAAGUAAGCGACGAGUCCAACGAGGCGCUGACGGAAAGUUGUAAAAACAACAGCGAAGCCGAGAGUAAAGCCGGACAGGUGAAAGAAGCAGCAGCUGUUGUCGUGCAAACGGAGCCGGGUUCAGACAGUCAACAGCUGCCCGUCAACAACUCCAAGACUGAUGAUGGCAACGCGGAGAAACCACACUCCUCAGGUGCACAACAGAGAUCUGCUGACACAAAGACUAAACCGGGUCCCUCAGCUCCCCUGGACCAGUCCGACUCAGCGGCCAUAGCAGCUGCUGAAGCACUUGCCAGUCUCACGGGAGGAGACGGGGAAGACAGCCAAGAGACUCCUUGCUCAUCUGAAAAGGCCAAACAGGUGAAACAGGGGAGCAGGUUCAAACAGCGAGGGGCCCACCACCAGUCCUCCAAGGCGGGCUCCAAAACGCAGGCGGCUGCUGCGGACAGCUCCACGUCUGUGCACAGCACCGACCGAGAGGAUGCGGAUGACAUGCCAGAAGCGGACGAGGGCGACGAAUCCAUAUCUGGAUCGUCCUCCACUCCGAGCUCCUCGUUCCCGUCGGACAAUGAGGACAAUGACGACGGGGAGUGUGCCAUCGUGUCCGUUAAGAUGGCCCCGGAGAUGAGGCAGUCGGUGGCUCUCUUGGCGCAGGUUCAGAUGAGGCUGGAAGCUCUGGAGAAGAAGAGCGCCCGGCUCCACCAACGGCUGGAGCUGAAGAUCAGUCGUCAGCGGCGCCCACAUCUGGAUCAGCGCAGCUCCAUCGCCAAAACCAUCCCCGGUUUCUGGGUGACAGCUCUGUUGAACCACCCACAUCUCUCGGCUCACAUCGACGAGACGGAUGAAGAUGCUCUUAGUUACAUGACCGAUCUUGAGAUCGAGUCCUUCAAGAAUAAUAAACUAGGCUACAGGAUCCGUUUCCACUUCAGACGAAACCCGUACUUCCAGAACAACAUCAUCAUGAAGGAGCUGCACCUCGGCAUGGGAGGAUCUCCCAUGUCGUUCUCCAACCCCAUCCUGUGGCACCGUGGACAGAACCUGACGGCCCACAGCGAACCCAGGAAGUCGUCGCGCGGCGUCUACCAGACCUUUUUCAGCUGGUUCAGCGACCAUAGCAACCCAGGGCAAGAUGAUGUAGCACAGAUACUUAAGGACGAUCUGUACAGAGACCCUCUGAGAUACUACCUCACUCCGCUCUGGGAACCGAGGGAGAACGGCAGUGGUGGCAGUGGGGCCCGAGCAGCUGACAACGGUAAUGGAGACGAGUGCGUGGUGAUCUCCGAUUCGGAUGAUGAGCCCGGCGAGGAAGCGGGCGAGGCCGAACAAGGUCACAGUCGGGAGGAAGAAGAAGAAGAGGAAGAGGAGGAGGAGGAGGAAGAAGAUGAAGAAGGAGAGGAAGAGAGGGGACCAAGUGCUGGAAAUAUCUCCUCCUCAGAUGAGAGCCCAGAGGAGGAUGAUGAUGGUGGAGAAAUUGUGAUUGACGGUUCUGAUGACAGCGAGCAGGACGAGGAGGAGGGCGAGGAGGAGGCCUGAAAGGAAGAAGUAAAGAAGAGUGUGUACUUCGAUGAAGACGACGCCGACGACGAGUCAUCAAGGGACCAGAGACCAUGAAGAAGAUGAAGAGGAUGCCCGGGGUUGGCGAAGAGUACCAGAGCAAUUUAUUGUCAUUUUUACGCACAGAAUAUCAGUUUUUGUUUGUUUUAUACCUAAAAAUACAUAGAUUAAAAAAUAAUAAAAUAAAAAAAAUCAGGGUUAACUAUAACAAUAAAAGCCAAGGCAGCAUGUCUCACUUUUUUUGCAAAUUUUUUUUUUCUAAAACCGGUUCAUACAACAAAGUGUUCUUCUAUUAAACAAGGGACACGCACAACAGCCUCUACACGCAUGUCGGUGAGAUUUCAGAGUGCCGCUAACUCGUCGGCGGCAGAAAAUUUGCAAAUGCAGAAAAUAGUCAGUGGCAUUAUUAUUAGGUGGUCAUUUCAAAGCAAAGUUUUGGCUUUUUUAAAAAUAAAUUGAAGUGAUAAGUCACAAGCUAAAUUUAAAAAAAAAAUGAUGACAGUACAUUUCAGAUGCACUGGAGUACUGAACCAAAAUUUGUUCUCAGGGAUGAUCAUGGUGGUAGUUUUAUUGAAAGAUACAUAACUGAUUUUCAGAAAUUUCUACUCUCUGGUUAUUGUUGGCCGUGUAUAAGGAAACGUGUACUCUACUGUAGUAAAUAGGAACAAAUAUUGUUUUAAUAUGCUACUUGUGUUUUUCCUUCUUCAUCUAUCUGUUCAGUCUUGUCGCAACUCCCCGACAUCCACCCGUUAGAAACCCGUAAAACCAUCUCCGAUGUUUAAAGUCAUGGCGUAGUUUGACAAACAACGUUUCUGUGGUUUUCCUACAUUUUUUUUUUUUUGUAACACUCUCUCUACGAUAAGUAGCUUUUGUGUUUUCUUUCUAGAUUUUAACUUAAUUUGAAAGCUGGUAUUUAUUACAAUGUUUUUUUUUUUUGUUUGUUUGUUUGUUUUCUACACGUCCACAUCACAGCAUGCCUGUGAGCAUGAAAUGUAAAACAUGAUUACAUUACUUACAAGGCUUUUUUUUCUUGUGCACAGUGUCGGUAAAAAAAAAAAAAGUUUAAAUCCACAGCAACGUUUCUGGGGUGCACUGUAACAAAGUUUAGUAUUUGUAUUUGCUUACUUUUUUCUUAGCAAUGACCUGUAAAUAAUAUUUCAGCAUUGUCUUUUGGAUGAGACGAGUACACGUGUUUAAUCCAUGGAUAAAUUUAUCAAAUAAUCUGGAGGGUUUUUUCAUAAACAUGAUCAGAAAGUUAUAUUUUGUGUGCUGUGUUUUAUAGAACACUGUAGUUUAAAGAUACCUACCUGUUUGUUGCUUUUGGUUAAUUUUUGUUUGCUUAAAGAUAAAUGUCCACCUUUUGACCUAAUAAAAUAGGCAGUUGUUUCA